GUGUUUAUAUUACAGGUUAACUAAACUCCAGAUAUUGGAACUGAGAGAAAACCAGUUAAAGAUGUUGCCAAAAACCAUGAACAGACUGACUCAGCUGGAGAGAUUGGAUUUAGGAAGUAAUGAAUUCACAGAAGUGCCUGAAGUACUUGAACAACUGAGUGGGUUAAAGGAAUUUUGGAUGGAUGGUAAUAGACUAACUCUUAUCCCCGGGUUAAUUGGCAGCUUGAAACAGCUGACCUACUUGGAUGUUUCUAAAAACAACAUUGAAAUACUUGAAGAAGGUGUUUCAGGCUGUGAAAGCCUACAAGACCUGCUGUUAUCCAGUAAUUCACUUCAGCAACUUCCAGAGUCCAUAGGUUCACUAAAGAAAGUAACAACACUUAAAAUUGAUGAAAACCAGUUGAUGUAUUUGCCAGACUCCAUAGGAGGGCUAAUAUCAGUAGAAGAAUUGGAUUGUAGUUUCAAUGAGAUUGAAGCUUUGCCUUCAUCUAUUGGGCAACUCACUAACAUAAGGACCUUUGCUUCAGACCAUAAUUUUUUAACACAGCUGCCAUCAGAGAUUGGAAACUGGAAAAAUGUAACAGUGCUAUUUCUGCAUUCCAACAAGCUUGAAUUUCUCCCUGAAGAAAUGGGUGAUAUGCAGAAAUUAAAAGUCAUCAAUCUAAGUGACAACAGGCUGAAGAAUUUGCCCUAUAGCUUUACAAAGCUACAACAGCUGACUGCGAUGUGGCUGUCAGACAAUCAGUCUAAACCGCUCAUCCCCCUUCAAAAAGAAGUCGACCCUGAAACACAGAAAACAGUGCUUACUAAUUACAUGUUCCCCCAGCAACCAAGGAGUGAGGAUGUUCUGUUCAUAUCUGAUAAUGAAAGUUUCAAUCCCUCUUUGUGGGAGGAGCAGAGAAAACAGCGUGCUCAGGUGGCAUUUGAAUGUGAUGAAGAUAAAGAUGAAAGGGAGGCACCACCCAGGGAGGGUAAUUUGAAGAGAUAUCCAACACCAUAUCCUGAUGAACUAAAGAAUAUGGUCAAAACAGUUCAAACGAUAGUACACAGACUAAAAGAUGAAGAAACCACUGAAGAUGGUGGCAGAGGGUCAAAGAAAGAAGGCCAGCAAGUUUCAGUAAAAGAUGUGGGUGUAAAGACUGCAGAAAUGGCUUCAGCAAAGAGCAAAACAGAAGACAGAGAGAACUAUAUGAUGGAAAACUGCGUGCAGAAGCCCACUGAACCAGAAGCUGAGCACAGCACUGGAAAUUUACAGAUGACUUCACAUGUUAAAACUUUAGAGAACACAAAAAUAAUUGUCAACCAUGAAGAUACGCUUGAGGAGUCAGAAGAACUCUCUUCUGAUGAAGAGAUGAAAAUGGCAGAAAUGCGCCCACCGCUGAUAGAAACUUCCAUUAACCAACCAAAAGUAGUAGCACUUAGCAAUAAUAAAAAAGAUAAAGAUGCAGAUUCCUUAUCAGAUGAAGCCACCCACAACAGCAAUCACAAUAACAGCAAUUGUUCCUCUCCUUCUCGAAUGUCAGAUUCAGUUUCUCUAAAUACUGACAGUAGCAAUGACACUUCAGUGUGCUCUCCGGACAAAGAAACACAUAGUGCUGCUAUUUCCAAAAUCAGGCAAGAAGAUGAAAAUUUUAAUAGCCUUUUGCAAAAUGGAGGUGAAUUCAACAUCACAGCAGAAGAAGAAAUCAGUGCGCAAGAGAAAGUUACAAAUUUGCCUGAAUAUGAGUUAAGGAUUGAAGAGAGAUUAGCUCUAAUAGAAAAAGGUGUUGAUCUAAACCCAACUACUGAGGAAUCACACAAAUUAGACCAAAUUAACAUGAACAUCAACAAACUGACUAGUGAAGAUACAAUACAACCAAGUGUUAUGGAAAGAUUAAAGACACAGGAAAUAGUGUCGGUAAAGGGCUGUUCAAACUAUAACAUGAAAGAAGAAACUGAGCACUUAGAAAAUAGAAAUCAAUAUUCUAACCUCUGUUCUAUAAAUAAAGUGAAUGGACAUUCAGAGAGAGCACCUCAAUCUCCAAGGAAGGCUGAACUAAAGAAAAGCAUCACAGUUGACACUGAUUCUUCUGUGGAUAUAUGUAUUUCAAAGAGCACUGAAGAUCUGUCCCCACAGCGAAGUGGCCCUGUGGUGAAAUCUCACAGUAUCACCAACAUUGACAAUGGUGCUCUAAAAAUUUUUGAUAUUGUCAAUGACAAUGGAUCCCAAGAGUCCAACUCAGUGGUAAAAUCAGCAUCUGCUGGUCCAGAUGGAAAAAACAUUGUCCGAAGCAAGUCUGCGACUCUUCUAUAUGACCAGUCUUUGCAGGUCUUUCCUGGAUCAUCAUCAUCUUCUGAUUUAGUAUCUUGUACAAAAACUUUGUUCAAGUUUGAUUCAAAUCACAAUCCUGAAGGUGCUAAUGUAGUUAGAGGACCAGUGCUGAGUGGUGCACAGAUGUUCAGUGUACCUCAGUAUAAUAUCCAAUAUAGCAGCAGUACAACAGCCAAAGACACCUUGUGGCUCCCAAAACAAAAUGCUCAAAUAGAACAAGGGAGCUUACCACCUCAGCGUCUGUCUAGGUCAGACAGCACAGAAAGCUCUAAUUAUGUAAAACAUUCUGCCAGCAUGAAUUUCUCCAAUCAUAAUAAUGUUCGAGCCAAUGCUGCAUAUAACAUGCAUCAAAGGAUGGGUGGAAGACAUUUAGAAAUGUGGGCUAUUCCACCGAAUGAUAGACUUGUUCCUGGAGCAACCAGAAGUACUCUUCAGAGACAGAGCAGCAUAUCCUCUACAGCUUCCAUAAAUGUUGGUGAUACUGGACCCCCCAGGCGUGCCCAGGUUGCUGAGGGGGACUACUUAACAUAUAGAGAUUUGCAUUCAAUGGGAAGAGCUCCACCAGUAAUGUCUGGGCAACCGAGACCUCUUUCUGCAAGAACACACAGCAUUGAUGGUCCAAAUGUACCUAGACCUCAGAGUGCUCGCCCUUCAGUGAAUGAAAUACCAGAAAGAACUAUGUCAGUUAGUGACUUUAAUUAUUCACGGACUAGUCCCACAAAAAGACCAAACCCACGGGUUAAUUCUGAACAUUCUUUGUUAGACCCUCCAGGAAAAAGCAAAGUCCCACAUGAUUGGCGGGAACAGGUACUGCGGCACAUUGAAGCUAAAAAGUUAGAAAAGAGCAUGCUGUCUAGGUCCUUUAAUUCCAAUUAUGCUGCAAUUAGCAACUUUCAGUAUGGCAGCUCUAGGGAUCUGCAUGGCAGCCAGAGUAGUGUUGCCUUGAGUGUUGCAGACAGAAGAGGUUCUGGUGUGCACAUUGUUCGUCAUCCCCAGACAUCCACUGCAGGAGAGCCAUGCCAAGAGGAUGUAUUCGUUUCAGGACAGCAGAACUACUCAUCUGGCACACUUAAUCUCAAAGAUGUUCCUCCAGACAGCAUGAAGAAAGUAACUGCACAGAUACCUUUGACAAAUGGGCAGAUGUGCCAGCCUCACAGGCCUCAGACAAACUAUAGUCAAGUCCAUCAUCCAGCUUCCCAAGCAUCUGUGGCAAGACAUCCCUCUAGAGAGCAAUUGAUUGAUUAUCUGAUGCUGAAAGUUGCCCAUCAACCUCCCUAUACCCAACCGCAAUGUUCUCCCAAACAAGGCAAUGAGAUGGCAAAGCAAGAGAUUCGAGUGAGAAUUGAAAAAGAUCCAGAGCUAGGAUUUAGUAUAUCAGGAGGAGUUGGCGGUAGAGGAAACCCAUUCCGACCUGAUGAUGAUGGUAUAUUUGUAACCAGAGUGCAGCCUGAAGGACCAGCAUCUAAAUUGUUGCAGCCUGGAGAUAAAAUAAUUCAGGCUAAUGGGUACAGCUUCAUCAAUAUUGAUCAUGGACAAGCGGUGUCCUUGCUGAAGACUUUUCAGAACACAGUGGAACUCAUAAUUCUGCGAGAGGUUUCUUCAUAAAUAGUGUGGGGAAAAAAACGAGCAAGAUUCAUCAAAGGACUUGUGGGAAACUGAAUAUUUUGAUUAUUUUUAUAUAUGAAAGGAACUUGAAAAAAUUAUGAUCAAAAAUUGUACAGUAAUGAAAUAUUGAACUUGUGGUUAUGGGGAAGAACCACUGUAUAGAACAUACAGGAAACCAUUUUUGAAAUGCAUAUGGUGAAUAACCCUGGUUACAUUUUUAAGCAUUAUAGCAAUCAAGGAUCACUCCUCCAAGAACAGACCUGUAUUGUUUUUGUGCAGAUGGUAGGUUUAUUUUUGGAUAAUUCAUACACAUUACUAAACUUUGUGCAAGGCUGUGAGAAGCCUCAGUUGUAGCCAGUGGACAGAUGGCAGGGCUGUCUGUCCUGUAGCUGUUCAUUGCCUUUAUUUUUAUUCAGUGGGUAUUAAUGUGUUAUGCUGAAACCACUUCUCUAGAUAUGGACAAGGGAUUUGAAAUGUUGGCUUUGCUAUGUGCACAUUGUAUAGAUGAAUGGGUAGAUGGAAGUUGGUGCUGGUUGGGUUAAUUUAAAGGCCUAGUGAAGAACUAUUUGCUAUCAGUUUCUGGAAUCAAGAAAGAAGGAAACAUUUGGUUAGUCUGCGAGUGUAUGUCUACCAAUAGAAUAACGCAAUAAAAGCAUAAUCUUUUUAGGAAGACUAUACUUACAUAAUUGUGAGCUUUUCAGGAUUUGUUCUCAUCAUCGACUAUCCAUUUGCUAUGUGUGAUUCAAGUUGUUCGUUUUUUUUAUACACAAUUUUUUUCAACUGUACUGUGGAGAUGUGCCCAGAGGUUUUUCUCUGCCAUGGAAAUCCCCGAUUUUGUGCAAAUGGUGAUACUUCUAUCUUCUUUGUAACAAGUACUCAAUUUUAAACUUAUUUAU